UUUUACUUUCCUGGAAAAAAUUCUUAGAAAGUAUUCCUUGCCUGGAGAGUUCUUUUUUCCUGAAUUUCUCGCUAGCAACCAGUUGUGACUUACAGCUGGAUGGGACAUAAGAACAGAUAUAUUUUUCCCAGGAACCCGUUGGCUCCUCCUAUACGAUGCUUUAGUUUACUCGUAAAAACAAAAAGAAAAAAACUGAACUCAUUAAAAUGUUGUUGUGUCUAUCAUAGUAUCAUUGAAUCCUCUGGAUAAACCCUGGUUUACACUAGCGGAUUUUCUCAAGUACCGGUUGUUGUCCAAAAAUCGCCGUCUUUCAUCUAGUCCAUGCAAAUCGUCUUUGACAUUUGUCAGUUGUUAUAUUAUUUUGUGGCGAUGGACCUUUUUUGCAUCAUUUUUUUGGUUUACAUGGAUUUACUCAAUUGUUCUAAAUUCCGUUCCAAAAGCACAACUGAAUGAGGGGGACGAUAUACAUGUACAUUAUCGGCAGAUGAAAACGACAGCUAUUGAUGAAAACAACGUUUAUUGCUUUGUUGAUGAUGCAGAAAUCUUAUAUUCAAUAGACAAAACAAUUUCCCGCGCUAGCGCUCCGCGGGCAUGCGCAUUCAGCUUUCUUUGCCCGCAUGCUGCGCAGCAAAGUAUCCACCUGUCGUUGUUUUAGGUUAUUAUGGUCCUAUGCAAAUGUGACAGACCAGACGACGGAAACGCCAGAAUACGACUUCGUCAAGAAAGAUGAUGGAUAUAUAAAAAGGAACAUUUGUGGACUUACCAAACCAGCUACUGGAUGGGAUGCUUUACCACCAGAAGCUGAUACAUCAACUGAAGCUAACCUCGUAAGGAUUAAGUAUUACAGAAACACUGUUAUAGGUCACAGUGAAAAUGCUGAAGUAGAUGAUAUACAGUAUGAGGCAUACUGGAAGGACAUUUCAAGUGCUCUUGUUUCACUAGGACUCGACCAAGAUGAUAUCGAUGACUUAAAGGCACGUCCUUUUGACGCUGCAGACUACUUCAAGCUGCUAAAAGAAUGGCAAUUGGCAGAAACUGAUAUCAAAGAUCAAUUAUGUGACAUCAAGUCUUCUAUAGCAUCAGGAUUUACAAACAUGGGAGAACAAAUUAGCCAAAUUCAAAAGUCAACAACUCCUAGUGAAACUGAUAAGCUUUUUCACCAAGAAUUCAGAAGCCAUAUUUCUUCGAAAUGCAGUCUGUACCAUCCAAACACAAGAGCUUGGAUAUUGGAAAAAGUGAAAACUCACGUUGAAUCUGAUUUCAAGGACGUCUUGGUGAUACAAGCUGGUCCUGGCAUGGGCAAAUCUGUACUUGCUGCCAGAAUAUGCCAAAUGUAUCAAGACAGUCAAGAAAACCAAACUAUCCUUGGUGCCUGUCAUUUCUUUCAACACAACGAUCUCUCUCGAAAUAACCCAAGGUUAAUGUUGCAGUCUGUUGCAUGGCAGCUCUGUCGCUAUCUUCCAGAAUACAAAGUUGCUGUAGAGAAGGUUCUGCAAUCAAACCACAUGAGAAACCGCGAUAUCUCAGUUCUAAGCUGUACAGAACUUUUUACUUUGUUAUUUGAAGAGCCCUUUUCGCACCUUGGUCACGAGCCAACAGGCAAACUUGUUGUUGUCAUAGAUGCCCUUGAUGAGUGUUGCAACAGUUUGAAAACUGAAUUCUUCCAAGUCAUUGGUUAUAGACUACAUUAUUUACCAUCAUGGCUGCGAUUUGUCAUGACAACAAGACCGCCUCCAAAUAUUUCUUCCCAAGUUCCAGGGAGCACAACUAAAAUUGAUCCAAACGAUUCACAGAAUACUGAAGAUCUUCAAAGCUUUUUCGCUGACCAACUGAAAGAGCUGCCCCACCUUUGUUCUGAUCAGCAACAGAACAGUCACAUGGAACAGCUUGUUGAUUUGACUGGUGGGUUGUUUCUGGUGGCCUCCUUUGUUAUUGAUUUCUUAAAGAAGCCACGCAUCAACUCAUUAGCAGAAGCACUGGAACACUUCCCAAAAGGCAAAGGGAUCACAGCUGUCUACGAAGACUACUUCUCGAGACUACGUGACGAUAUAACUCCAUACCUAAAAAGUGAAGAAGGAUUCUACAACAUGCUUGAUGCUGUAGUUAAAGCUAGAUCUCCAAUUGAAAAAAAAAUGUUCUAUGAUAUCCUUGGUUUGCCUCUGAAAGAGUCAAGGAUACCAGACACCAAGAAGAAAGAGGCCGUCAACCUUCUUCAUCAAUUGUUCCCUGUAGAGAACGACCACGUGUCACCAUUCCACAAGACCGUUGUUGAUUGGUUGACCACUGGAGACCAUGACUUUGCGGCAAAAGGGGAUGGAAUUGGUGUACUUGCCAGUGCUUGUUACAACGUCCUAAUGAAUGCCAAGCAAGAAAUAUUUGAGAAACCGCAAAAUCAAUUGCCCCAGUUGACAGACAAGGAAAUUUAUGCUUGUKAGUUUGGAUUUGAUUAUAUGGAAGAAAGUCAAAGUUUCAAUAAAGAGAAUGAAAUCGCAGCCGAUCCCUAUGUGCUCUUGAUUGGUGCAAGUUAUGCUGCUCAUUCCUUUAAAAGUCAUAACGAUAACGGAUUUAGACAACGACUUUCACCUGACCUUCAAGAUAUUUAUGAUCAAAUGACCAAAUUUCUUGGUAGCCAUUCGCGUCCCGGAUGGAAUGAAUGCAUAGUGCAAGAGUUAACAAUACAGCAGUGUUUGGAGUUCGCAUUUCGUGCAAUAAACGUCUUGAAAAUUGAAACCGAAGAAAGCACCUUUAAUUAUCUGAAAGAUAAUUGCCAUGAAAGAAAACAUCUUCUAACAUUGGAAACUACGAUUGACACAGUGGUCCUACCAUCCAACGAUGGGUUCUUGAUUAGCGCGUAUAAUCUUUUUAAGAGACAAACGUUAGUGAAGAAAUAUCACCACGAUGGAACAUUAGUCAAUGAAGUGAAGUUCAGCGAGCAUCGCGAGUUAACUAUGUUUCCUGAUUAUAAAUUUGUCGUGGUUUGUGACAGUAAGCACUUUACUGAUAAAAUUGAUGUUUUAGACGUUGCUACUUUUACAUUCACGACUUAUAAAUUACCCAGUUACCAAAAGUCUUUGCACGUCUUUGGAAGUCAACCGUGGUACAUCGUGGUAAGAUGCUUCGACAAUAAAAUCUACGUAGUGGAAUUAGGAGAAACAGGUGUAUCCGUUGGAGAUCCUUGUUCAAUACUGCAGACAGAAGAUGUCCUUUGUGUUAGCAAUGUAGGCCACAUUCUUAUAACGCGAACGAGUAAUCUUCUUUCUUGUAACAAUCUAGACCAAGUAUUCACAGAUGAGAAGGGCAUGAUCUGUUUUGAAAUGGCCAUGGAAAGGGAUCUAACUUCUCUGACCAGAGACAAUGCUCGUGCUCGUCGUUGUGAGUAUUUCCUGUGUAAUUUCAAGGAGCUUGACAAGCGCAUCCCCAUCUAUUUUAGAUAUUUACAUUGCCGGGAGAGAGAUGACAUCAACAUACGAUCGAGUCUGUUACGAGAGCGUGGUUCGUCGGUUUUGUUCUCUGAAGAUGGAGAUAUUUUGGCGUUUCAUUAUGCUGAUUGUAUUACGGUAGUAAACACUUCUGAUGGCUCUCUGUACGCAAGUGUCUGUCUGUAUCACCAAGGCCCAGUUAGCUGGAUCGAUAAUAUCUUAUUUCUCUCAAAGACAAGAAUCGUAAUACAGGGCAGCGAGAGCAUCUUUUCUUACAGUCUCUUUAGAGAAAGCCGUCCGCGUGAUGUAGAGAUUGAGCACAUUUAUUAUUUUUCUGGAGUCAGAUCCUGUUUUGUCACGAGGAGCCACACUAACAUAAGAGAAAUUUUAUGCACUAGUUAUUUGAGAGAUUUUGGUUCCGGCUCCGUGGUUCACAAAUAUUUGUUUUGAUAAAUAGUUCCCCUAUACAAUCCAUAAAACUUAUGCAGCGUUAUAUCUUUGUAACAAAAUAUGUUUUACUUAAGUUGUUAUAGUGUAAUUUAGAUAAAAACCUAUAAAACACCGAUAGCUUUCAACGCCAUUUUGGUAACCGGACUUCCAAAUGGCCGUAUGUUUAUAGGAAAAGUGAGUAACUUUAGGUAACUUAUUAUAUAGUCCAUCUCACU